ACGGCUGACUUGGAAGCGUAGACUCGCCUAGAUGCCGAGAGCGAACGGCAGAGUACAAGCUAUGUGCGAUUCGUAGAACAAACCGCGAAACAAGCGAGCUAGCGAGCGGCGAAGACAUGGAGAAUUUGUUAGCCAAGGCUCUCUAUGACAACAAAGCAGAGUCUUCUGAUGAGCUGGCAUUUCGCAAAGGGGACAUCUUGACAGUGAUUGAACAGAAUGUGCUUGGCAGUGAGGGCUGGUGGAAGUGCUCUCUGCAUGGACGGCAAGGGCUGGCUCCAGCCAAUCGGCUUCAUUUACUCUCCCCCUUUCAGGAAGAAGUCUUGCCUCUCCGAGGUUCUGAUGGGAGCUACAUAGAGAAGUUUCCUUCCUUUCCAGCCCUGGAGAAACCUCCAACAUAUAGUGUUCAGAAUAUCUAUCAAAUCCCAACGCCUGCCCGACCUGUAGGUCCAGCCUAUGAAGUCAUGGAAAGUGUCUACAAAGUUCCAUUGCAGCAUUCCCCAAGACAUCCUGUACCAUCUUCACUCAGACAGUCUUUGGAGAGCACAUCAGAGGCAUUGACUAAGGCCCUGCCAUUCUCUGGAGGAACAGCAGGUUCCUGUUUGAGCUAUCCUGGCAAAACUCAGAAGGAAGUAUAUGAUGUCCCCACUCUUCAGAGGCGUUCUUCACAGUUCACAAUGCAGUCAGCCCCACCUGGCAUACGGAAGCAUCCUCAAUUUGUCUCACAGUCUGAAUUAGAAAAACCUCCACACCAGUGGUACAAUAUUCCUGGAAUGACUAAAGCGUGCAUUGGAAAUGAAGGAAAUGUCUAUGCAGUUCCUCCAGCUAUGUGCCAGGACCCCAGUUAUGACAUACCUGUUCCAUCAAGUGAAGAGGGUCAAAAGAGGCUAAACGUUGGUUACAAUACACUUCCAAAUCCACGGAAAUCUGAUUGGAUCUAUGAUGUUCCAGUUUCUCCAGAAAAGCAGGAGCUGAAGUCCUCUGGCCUGGGAUCCUAUGGCACACUGCCCUCAAAAGGUGGGAUAUGUGGAAGGCAACUUUUCUACGACACCUUGCCUGCUCGAACUGGAGAGAAACCCACUCCUCUCAACACAAGUUCUGUUUACGACAUCCCAAAGUCCACCAUUGACACAAGUGUGGAAAAUAAAUGUAUAACUAGAACCAACAAUGCUGAUCUAUAUGAUGUACCCCCAAGUGUAAAACAACAGGUAUUUCAAGUUCAGAGUAUGUAUGAUGUUCCCCAGUCUACAGGAGAACAUUCCCCCCGCAGAUCGUCCAACAAUCCUGCACCCCUGCAGUCUCAUAUGACUUCUACCACAUUCCCCAUCAUGCACAGGGAAGUGCCUUGCCCUAUGUAUGACCGUCCACGGGGUUCCAUGGGAAGAGAGGGACAAAUAAUGGGAGGAGGGCCAGCUGAUGUAUCAGCACCCAAAGAACCAGUUAUAGAAAACAGUGAGCAAGAAGAAAAUUCAAGUGUCAAAAGUGCAGACAGCCAACGCAACAGCACAGCCUCUACAUCAUCUACCUCCUCUUGUGAUUCUUUGCCACCCACAUCUCUGUCACCAGAGCCACAGAGAGAGGUGACACUCACCUUAGAAGAAGCUAUUAUGAAGCUUGGCCAGCUUCAGUCAGAUGUGUGUCAACCAGUGUCACGGCUUAUGGUGUUCAUCAGCAGUCAGUGGAGAGCAAGGCAUCAUCUGGCAGUUCACUUAGAAGAAGUUAGAUCUGCAACUGAAGAGAUUACAGCCUCCAUGGCUCACUUCCUAGAUUUUGCUCGAGAUGUGAGAGGCAAUGCUAAACAUCUUAAAGACAUUAGCCUACAGGCACGGCUCCAUAAGCAGUUAGCUAUUGUGGAGGAUUCUGGACUUAUCCUGCAGGAAGCUGCUGAAGCCUUAGCAAAGUUAGGAUGGCAUAUUGACUCUCUUGUUCAAGAAGAUACCCAUACUGCUGGUACACCUGAUCACCUCGAUAGGUUUGUGAUGGUUGCUCGAACCGUUCCUGAAGAUGUUAAAAGACUUGUUUCCAUUCUUAAUGCCAAUAGCAAACUUCUGUUCAGGCAGAAUCCAAAGAUCAGUGAAGUAAAGGACAGAGGGAAGUCUGAUCCAGAGAAAAUAAAGACAAAUAUGGAUCAGACUCAAGAGUUCAUGGAUUCAGGUGUUGAAGACAACGACUAUGUCCAGCUGCAGAGGAAAGAAGAGUUUGAAGAGCAACAAAAGGCUCUGAAGCACAAGGCACCUUUGAAGACUCCAUUGGCCAUUCGUCCUCAGCAGGCUGAGGAAAAGGCAGUUUCUUCUACAAAAGGAAAGGAGUGUGGCACACAAGUCCAGAUGGUGUCCUCAGAACACUGUCGCCUUUACUUUGGGGCUUUACAGAAGGCGAUUGGUGUAUUUGUCACAAGCCUCAUUGAUGGCCAACCGCCUGAGAAAUUCAUUUCGCACAGCAAGCUGGUGAUCAUGGUCGGCCAGAAGCUGGUGGACUGCUUGUGUAAGGAGGCCCACAAGAGUGAGUUGGGCCGGGACUUGCUGAGCAAAAGCAACCAUCUGUGUGCUCUACUUAAGCAGCUGGCGGUAGCCACCAAGAAAGCUGCAGUUCAUUUCCCCGACAAGAUUGCUCUGCAGGAGGCACAAGAUUUUGCCAAAGAGCUGGCACAAAGAGCACAGAACUUUCGGACAUCUCUGCAGCUGUGAAAUACCCAGUGGCAGAAGAACUUCUGGUUUUCCACUUUAAAAUUUGCACCUGAUACUUUGAAAAACAUUUGGGCAUAAGAUGCUGUAAAUACUUUGGUACAGAGAAAGCAAUUUCUUGAAACUAGAGAAGCAGUCUAACAUGAUGGCAACAGGCUGUUUUCUAAUAAUCCUGCUCCUGCCAUCCUGGAGUAGCCUGCAGCACACUUUAAGGCACGGGUGGGCAGAUUCAGUCCUGGAGGGCUGCAGUGGUUGCAGGUUUUUGUUCCAACCCAGUUGCUUAAUUAA